AUGACAACAUUGUCUGCAGGCUUCAGUACAUUUCCUACUUUCAUCAUGAACUCUAUUGCUGCUCUACGAAAGCAGGUGAAUAUAUUGGCAGUGCAGUAUGAUUAUAUAGAGAUGAGGUGUAGAGGAAAAAUGCUCCUUUCACAUGGUGUCACAGAGGAACCAAACGAAGAUUCUCCAAAAGUAGCAGUGAAUAUCGUUCGUCAACACCUUUUGCUCCAUAAUCAGCUGGAGAAUCUCAGCGAGGUACACCGCUUGGGAACAACUUCUUUCCAGCCACGACCAAUUAUCAUUAAAUUCAAAAGUCAUCGAGAUCGUGAUAAAGCUUGGGCUGCUAAGGUUGGAUUGAAGGGGUCUGGUAUAACGUCAGAGUUCCUAACGAAACGCAGGCACAAACUUUUCUUAGAAUGCCGCUCGAGGUUGGAUGCACACCACACAAUAAAUUUGAACAACUUUAGAAUUUGUGUAUCCGUUUUGUCUUUGGUCUACGUAAUUAUGAUCAUAUUACUGACUAUCGAACCCAACUUCAGUGGCUAUCUAUCUCUCGUAGAAGAGACUAUCACUCCUAUAUUCCAUCCUGUUGCACCCUCACAUGCCGCAUUACCUCAAGUUGCGGUUCGUCUUUCACUCUACAAAUUCUAUCCGAGAUUUGCGGUCUUCCUAUAA